AGAACUAUCGCGGACCAGCUUCAGAUCACGUACUGGACGCAUCACCUCCGCCACUUCAAUAAGACGGCUGACAAAUUGGCGAACCUCGCGAUGGAUACCAAACGCAGCAUCCAGGUACUUGACACAGACACCGAGCACCUUACCCCGACCUGGUCGUUCGUGACAGCACUACUCACGAGCGAUGUAUCACAAUGGAUUGAAACCCAUCUAGACCCGGAU